AUGGAUUUCGUCAAAAAGGCCGUUCAAGGCGUCAAGGGCAGCCAGCACAACCAGAACCCCAACAAUGCGGGCCAGCAGGACUACGUUGACAAGGCCUUCGACUACGGCACCAAAAAGUCGGGCCACCCGAUGGAUCGCAACACCCAGGAAAAGAUUACCGAUGCCGGCCGCGGCGUUUACGAAAAGGUGACUGGCAAAAAGGUCAACCCCAAGAUCUCCAACUAA